AUGGCUGCCGUUGGACCACAGUAUAGUCGCCGACGGUUGGGAACCAAACCCAAUUACAACGAUGGGGAGGUCAGGUCGCUCAUGUUCAAUUUCGUCAGACAAGCGCAAACACUAAAAGCAGAAAAUGCAAAUUCGCAGUCCUUCAUUACUGCCAUGAAGAAAAGCUUUCAGAGCCUCCAACACGGAAAAGCAGACACGAUGCAACAGGUCCAGCGCGAUGAGGGUACAGAAGGGCCAGCAGAUUGA